AUGAAAUUACCCAGCUUUGUGGUGCUAGCUUGCAUCGCUGCCCUAUCAUGUGCGCCCACAUGUUCUGCGUCCCCCAAAGAUCGAGAGGCUAGGCGACCUCCCCUGGCUCAACGUAUCGGUGCACGAGAUUUUGUCAAUCUCUCAUUCCCACUGGAACCUUCUAUCACUGUGCCUAACGGGUCGCCUACACCAACAUGCCACACGUACUCCCCAUGCAACUUAUUCUACCAAUGGGUGACCGUCUUUUACUGGCCGACUGAACCGCAGAACACGGCGUGCCUGGCUUUAUUGCCCAGUCCUCCAACCUCGGCUAAUCCUUCUGGAAUCCCUGUAAUGUCCCCGAGUAUAUAUGCGGUCUUCCCAUCCAUCAUGGCUAGUGACGGUUGUAACCAAAUUGGCCAAGGCUAUGGCCCUAUCACAACAUCAUUCGCGCCUGGCGAGCUGUCGACCAUAGACAUUGACGGUGAUUCAACCAACGUCUUCAAUUUCGCCGAUCUCCCAUGUGGUCCCUCUACGAUCGAACUACGUCCUGGAACACCAUACGCGCCUUCUAUAGCCCUUCCAUCUUUCAUUCGGGACCUGGACCCGGCUUUCGCCACCUGCAUACCAGGCCGGAAUCAAGGGGUCGAUCCCCCAAUCGCAUGUACCGCCGAUGGUGGACCUCAAGGCCCUGGCUCUCCUGGCGGGGGUCAUCCUCGCCGAGAUCUUGGGGCGCACGCGCAUCCUCAUACAGCACCGUGGGCUGCAACAAAGACAGCUGGACCUAUGCAUAAGGGUCUGCUAUAG